UUGCUCUCACCACGGAUGGUGAUGUUGAUCUACAGAUGGCUUGACCAUCAUAUCAUUCGAAAGAAGGGGUGGGAUCUUGAGAAUUGUUUCCUUUGUCGUGAAAUAAUCAAACCUACACGUGCUCUAAGCAUGAUACAUCUGCCAUCAACGCCACAGACACCUUAGCCUCCACCCAUGACGACUGUAUGAUAGCCUAUUGGUUGUCCCUCACGCAUUAAACAAACUUCAACGUACUACAUACAUUUCAAUAUGGCUCCGUUUGAAGUGAUGUGGCUGCCUUUUGGCCAGGUGCAUUACUCUGCCAGCACACUUAAUAUUAUAUUGCACAUACUACAAGAGAUGCAGUCUGCAUCCAUGUUCAGCAGUCAUGGAUUCGUAUUGCACGUGUAAUGCAUAUUUGUCCUCGUCAUAAACGUGUCAAAAGAAGUGCUUCUCAAUCAUGCCGAUCAUGUCAGGCCACACCCAGAUGUUAAAUUGACCUCAGCCAAACCCUUCUGUGACCGUCAACAAAAGAAGUGGUCAGAUCAGUUUUAUUAGUGGAUGGUGUAGAAACAUAAGUCACAUAUGUGGUGGAGCCUAUAGGCCGUUGGUUGAGCAGGCCUACCCCCGCUAUGUGCUAUGGGUUUAUUUGAAUAAUCCAAUAGUAAGAAAAACUACCUUCGGGGCUGACUAAAAACGUUGGCUUUCUUCCCGUCUUUAUGACUGAUGUGGGGGACUAUGGAUGAGUUUGACUCCCCCGUAGAGCAGAUGUUGCCGUGAAAGCCGCUGCUGCAACAAGAGACGAGACGCGUCUUGGAUCACAAAUAGGAUUCACUGCGCAUGCUCCGUCAGACGCUCCGUUUACUGUAUAUUCACCGUGGAAAAAGAGCAGCCAACAAACCAAGGUUUUUUACGGCAAAGUGACUUCUACCAUGUAAAUAACCUCCAGGGAAACAAAACGGAUUAUCAACAGGGAUUUUUCUAGGUGUGAUGAGACAAAGGAACAAAGGAUGCCUUAGAAGAGAGACUGCCUACAAGCCUGGAAUCUGCUUCAAAGCACACCAAAUGGAUCUAUCGCCUCCCCUCCAGGCCCCCAGAUCAUGAUACUUGGCUGAAGCUAUCAUCAUCUUUAAUGAUCCCUCCUCCAUCUAUGGCGAACUAUAGCCAUGCAGGGGACCACAACAUCUUGCAGAGUGUCUCUCCUCUUGCCACUUUCCUCAAACUGACCUCCCUGGGCUUCAUCAUCGGCGUCGGAGUGGUCGGCAAUCUUCUGAUCUCCAUCCUACUGGUCAAAGACAAGAGCCUACACCGAGCGCCCUACUACUUCUUACUGGACCUGUGCGCCUCCGACAUCCUGCGUUCCGCCAUCUGCUUCCCUUUCGUGUUCACCUCCGUCAAGAAUGGUUCCACCUGGACGUACGGAACCCUAACCUGCAAGGUGAUCGCCUUCCUGGGCGUGCUGUCCUGCUUUCACACGGCCUUUAUGUUGUUCUGUGUCAGCGUGACCCGCUACCUGGCCAUCGCCCACCAUCGCUUCUACACCAAGAGGCUGACCUUCUGGACGUGCUUGGCCGUCAUCUGCAUGGUGUGGACGCUGUCAGUGGCCAUGGCCUUCCCCCCGGUGCUGGAUGUGGGGACGUACUCCUUCAUCAGAGAGGAAGACCAGUGCACCUUCCAGCACCGCUCCUUCAGAGCCAACGAUUCCCUGGGCUUUAUGCUGCUGCUCGCCCUCAUCCUUCUGGCCACGCAGCUAGUCUACCUCAAGCUCAUCUUUUUCGUCCACGACCGCCGGAAGAUGAAACCGGUCCAGUUUGUGCCGGCGGUCAGCCAGAACUGGACCUUCCACGGGCCGGGGGCCAGCGGCCAGGCGGCGGCUAACUGGCUGGCGGGCUUUGGGAGAGGCCCCACCCCGCCUACCCUUCUGGGCAUCAGGCAGAACAGCAACGCGGCGGGCCGCAGACGACUCCUGGUGCUGGAUGAGUUCAAGACAGAGAAGAGGAUCAGCCGGAUGUUCUACAUCAUGACCUUCUUCUUCCUGGCACUGUGGGGGCCCUAUCUGGUGGCCUGCUACUGGAGAGUGUUCGCCAGGGGCCCCGCUGUGCCGGGGGGCUACCUGACCGCCGCUGUGUGGAUGAGCUUCGCCCAGGCGGGGGUCAACCCCUUCAUCUGCAUCUUCUCCAACAGGGAGCUCCGUCGCUGUUUCAGUACCACACUGCUCUACUGCAGGAAAUCCAGGUUACCAAGGGAACCCUACUGCGUUAUAUGAAGGCUGUGAUACUUGGCUUUUUUUUUCCACGCGGCUUUCUCUGUCUCUCUUUUUUUACCCUGAUUGAUCUUGAUCGGGGUUGGGUCCCAUUGUACAGCUUUCUCUCUCUUUGUCUGCCUCUUUCCCCUCUAUCUGUCUCUUUCUCUCUGUCUCCUCAUCCUCCUGUUUCUCCUCUUCCCCCCUCUUUUCUGAGACAGGAGUUGGACUGUCAGUCACAGGCCUGGGUGACGGAACAUCAAAGGUGGAGGCUGAAGGGAUUGGGAUUCGCAGGAAGUCGAGCAUCCCUCCUGUGUUUAUGUUCUAGUAAACAACUCACUGAGGAAGGCCAUGUAGAUGCAGAGAAGCAAAAAAAAUCUAGAGAAGAAGAAUCGUCAACAAACUGCAGAGAAAGGACUGACCCCCUUGCUUUGGAUAUUUUGAAGAUAAUUCUGUGAGGUAUAAAAUACAAAAUAAAAAAUAAAAAGAUGAAAAAUUUAAAAACUCAAAACAAAGAAAUGAUUACCUUUCAAGGAAUCACUGGAAUUGUUUUACAUUUAAAGAGUUGCACUAAAAAGAAGAUGUAAAGAAGGCUUUUUUUGAUCAACAGUUGCAUUAAAAGGACAACUUUUUUUUUUUCUCUUUCCAAAACGAAACAAUGAAUGCUUUAAUUUGCAACAGACUUCACAAUCGCUGUAAGUAAAGCAAAACAUGUCGGGUGGCUUAACUGUUGGAAUAUACCAUCACAAGAGGAUAAAAUGGUUUUAAUGUAAGUGAUAUCUUUUCUCAUUUUGGGGCGGGGCUUAUCGAUGGGGAACAACAAUGUGUGGUUUUUGAAGUUGCAACUUAAAACUAGAAAUGAUUUCUUGUAGUUUUACGAUCCAUAUGUCCCUAGUGUCUGACAUUGUUACUUUCCUAUCACUUUUUACUGAGAAAAAAAGACGAAUAAAUAAUGUUUGGAUAAAAAAAAAGAAACACUGCUUUUUGAGAACAACCUUGUGCUUAAAAAAAGACAGUGAAGUUCUAAUUAAAUGUGUCAUGUCCAUGUACCUAAACAGACAUAUUGUUAGAGUUAUGCUGAGGCCAUCCCAGGGGUUCCUGCCUUAAAGGUUCUGAUAUUUUCAUGUCUUUCGGAUGUCGGUUUUUCAUAUGCUCUUGACAAGUCCUUCAUACACACAGGGAGGCUUCCUAAAUCUGGGCGGAGUGCACGUUCAUUUUUAAAAGCUGGUUCACUUUCAUGAACAUCACAGGCCAUACACAAUGAUCUGCAAUGGUUUGCUACACCCCACAGAGUGCUCAGAGCACAGGGAGUGUGUGUUUGUGUGUGUGUGUAGGUGUGUCUGUGUGAGUGUGCAUGUGUGCAUGCCUGUGUGCGAGAAUGAGUGUGCGAGUGUAUUAGUGUGCCCUGUGUGUGUGCGUGAUGAGUGUGCGUGGUCAUCAGUGCGUGCCUGAGUGUGUGUGAGUGUGCGUAUGAAUACUUCUGUGUGAAUCAGACAACUGUCACUUCAAGACCAGAGCCUUAGUAUGAAAUCUUGCACAAUUUGUAAAAAAAAUGUUAAAAGGCACCGAGUUGUUACUACGUUCCCAACAUUUGCUCUCUACUGAUUGUUUUCAAUGACUUACUUUUUCUCUUGUGGCCAUUUUAAUAUUUAUUCUGUAUUCUUUUUUGUAUAUUAUAGAUAGAUUGUGUAAGUAUGUGAGUCUUUUAUUUUGAAGUCCCGGAUGUGAGUACAGUUUAAGUUAGGAUUGCAUUUGCUGAAAGUUUACUGUGUAAUCUGUUGCUUACAUUUUUGAAAAUAAAAUUUUACA